UAGUUGUACGACAUAGCAAGGUGGCUUGUCUUAGUUCCUCAGCUAUCUCCAAUACUCAAGCCACCCGCCGUCACGCAUCGACACCAAAUCAACAACAAAAAAUGGUCUCAGACGCCGCAGUCCGCACCUCGGUCGCGAAUCUCGUCACCUCCCGACCCCUGGUGGCCGUCUUCUUCGCCGGCGCCACGGGCAUCGGGCACUACACCCUGCGCGAGCUGGCGCGGGCCACGGCCGACCACCCCGGAGCCAAGGGGUUCCGCGCGUACGUCGUCGCCCGCCGGGAGAAUGUCGCGCGGGAGGUGAUUGCCGAGUGCGGCGCCUUGAUCCGGGACGGGGUCAGUGACGUGGCGGUCGUGGACGAUGUCACCGGCGGUGGUGGUGGUGGUGGUGACGGUGUCGAAGGCGAUGCGGGAGCGGGAAGCAAGGCCACGGCCGAGUUUGUGUUUGUCCAGACGAGCGACCUCUCGCUGAUGGGCGAGGUCGAUCGUGUGUGCGCCCGCAUCACCGAGCUCGAGACUGCUCGUGCCGGACGUGCUGGUGACGUCGCGAGGAUCGACUAUUUGCUCUUCACACAGGGGUGUGUGGUCUAUCAGCCGCGAAAAGACACGGAAGAAGGCCUCGACUUCACCAUGAGCAUUCUGUACUACUCGCGCAUGCGCGCCCUCACGCAGCUCCUCCCGCUCCUACUUGCAGCCUCUAGAUCCUCCUCAUCCGCCUCUAGCUCGUCGCCCCCAGCCGAGCAGCAGCCCGACAACCACGCAACCGUAGUCUCCGUCUUCGCCGCCGGCACCGAAGACACCCUCCACGCGGAAAACCUCGCCCUCGACAACCCCGUCUCCGAUUACACCUACAACACAGCGCGCUCGCACAUGAACUACAUGCACACCCUGUUCUUUGAACAGCUCGCGCGGGAUCCUCCUGAGCCGGGGAGGCCCACGCCCACUGGCAGCGGCAAGGGCCUGACCCUCGUGCACGUCUUCCCCGGGCUGGUCAACGGCCCGGGGUUCCAGAGCUCAGAGAUGCCGUCCUGGUUCCGCGUGCUGUGGUCCUGGGUCGUCGUCCCCUUGCUGGGAUGGGCGGCGUUCACCAAGGCCGAGGUGUGUGGGCGGCGGAUCUUGAGCUUGACGGAUGCGCAGCGGUAUCCCCCUUCUUCUUCUUCCUCUUCUUCCUCGUCUCCACCCACUGGUUCCAAUGCGGCUGGCGGGGGAAGUGUCGAGGAAGGUGUGGUCAGAAGCACGACCGGCGAGACCGGCCCGGGCGGUGGGACGUAUGCGCUCGGCUCGAGCAUUGACGACACGUUCAACUCGGCCAAGUACGCCGGCCUGGACCGCGCGGCCAUGAGGGAGGCCGUGUGGCGGCACACGAUGGACGCGUUUGACACUAUUGCCGCGGGCAAGGUCUUCACGGGGGCUAAACAGGCGGCGCAGUGAUACUGUGCACGAAGACGGAAUUUGUUGCUUUGUGCGGGAUGAUACUGCGUAGGAAAUGGCAACAAAAAUAGGCUCUUCAUUGCUGCUGCAGCUGGAAUGAAGUCCAAAAAGGUAAUGCCCUGGCUGCGCCAGAGAUAUGCAUCCGUAUGUAUCUGCGCUGUAUCUGUGUGUGUAUAUGCAAAGCGAAAGUGAAAUCCUAGUAGC